UUCAGGUUUUGCUGGCAUGUCUUAAUAUUUUCAAUGGAUAAUUCGCGCCCUCUGGUGGAACAAAGAAGCACUAGCUUUAAUGGUCAUGCAGCUUUAUAUCCUACUUUUGAUUUUACCAGUAGUUUUUACCUAAAGUCGUUUUAAUACAAAAGUUUAAAUGCUAAAAUAAGCAUUCUGUAGUUUUUAUCAAAUUCGAUUAGCAUGACUUAGUCUAAGGGUUAACUUUCGCUUUCGUUUCAUCACUUCCCGCGAACUAUCCCGUAUGAGUAAGAUUUGCUUCAUUCAGGCGGGAGAUUUGGAAACAACAACAACUGAUUCUGCACGGCUUUUGUCAAGCCAAAAGUACACAAAUCCCCCAUACAGCUCAAACUUUAACAGAUCGUUGAAUUCAUGGGAGUCAUCGACCAAAUGGAGUUGGAUUUUCUAACGAAUCAACAGCUGUUGUCAUUUUUCCGCCGCAAAAAGACGGAGAUUUCGUGCAUUGAGCAACCGCACAUUUUCCUCACACAGCUGAGAGACUACGACCUGUUGCCGGAGCCGCUCUUUGAGAAGGUGAAAAAGAUGCACAAACGAGAUCAGAAGCAGAAAGGAGUCUAUGAGGUUCUGGACUGGCUGGAGAAAGAGAGAUCUCAGCACAUGCAUAGAUUCUGGCGCUGUGUGUUUAAAGAUCAUAUCGUGCAGAAAUACCCCACUCUAUGCCUGCUCAAAAACAGCCUGCCAGAUGCUGUCAUUAGUUUCUCAGAAGAACCUGCAGAUGCUGAGACGCCGACAAAAGAGAGUGAAGUAACAGAGAAGAAAGAGAAGCCGAGGAAAAACACCAGAAAGAGAAUUAGAGAUGACCAAAGUAGUGAGGAUAGUGGUGAUCCCGGUCCGUCUUCUGCUUCCACUCCGACUCGCAAGAAACCAGCUAAGAAACCUUCAUUCUCAUCUCCUGUAAAGAAAGGAGACAAUCAGGAGAUUUGGAUGUUUCCUAUUUAUAAAACCCAGCUGCCUGUAAAAUGUGGGGAUAAAGAAGGCACUCUCUAUCGGGACAAACUGCCUAAAGGAGAGAAGUGUAUUUUGGCUCAGGGACGCUGGUUUUCCCCAUCUGAGUUUGAGAAGUUUGCAGGGAAGGAGAAGACCAAAAACUGGAAAGUCAGCAUCCGCUGCAGAAAUACACCACUUAAAAAACUCAUAGAGGAGAAUCAUCUUCAGUGUCCUCCGAUGGAGAGAAGAAAGAGGAAAUGUGUCCAAAAAAACAAGACAGAGCUGUGUUGCAUCAGUUCAUCGGAGAGCUCCAGUCUAGAUUCAGAAACCAGCGCCAGUUCAGAAGAGGAAAGUGAUGCUGAAGACUUCCAGGAGGAGAGCAGGAGCUCAGGAGGAGGAUCACAGUUUAGAAGUAGAGUUCAUGAGGAGGAGGAGGAGGAGGAAGAUGAGAUGGCAGAUCUGACUGUUUUCCAGGCUCCAACUUUACAAGUCACCUGCGUUUCACUCACUGGGACUCUGUACAAAGGCAGGUUUGCCACAGGGAGGCGUGGGAAGUGUAUACGGACUGAGGAACGCUGGUUCACUCCGGAGGAAUUUGUAAAGGAGGAACCAACUCUCACUGAUGGACUCUGGAAAAGAGAUAUACUGUGCCAUGGAAAAACUCUCAACUUUUUAUGCAAGAAAAAGAUCCUACAGAUUCAUUCUCUUCUGUGUGAAUGUGUGAAAUGCAGCACUGAUCCAGAAGACCUGAUGGAGCAGAACAACGAUGAUGUGUGUUACGCAUGUCACUGUGGGGUAGAUCUGAGGUGUUGUGAUGGAUGUCCACGGGCUUUUCAUUCAGACUGUCACCUACCAGCUGUACCUGAAGGCUCUGGGGAAUGGAUUUGCACCUUUUGCGUGUUAAAAACCAGUCUACAGUGGCGUGCAUCCAGUAACAUGACUGAACAGGAAGCUUUUGAUUCUCCAGUUUCUCAGUAUAUACUGCAGUGCCACUACCUGCUGUUAUGUAUGUACAAGGAGGAUAUCCAGAGGGUGUUUGUAGAGGAUCCACGCCCAAAUGUGGACAGAUACUCUGAGUUCAUUUCUCAGCCAAUGUGGCUGGACAGAAUAAAGUCAAAGUUAGAAAGUAAGAAGUAUCAGAAGUUUGGAGAGUUUGUCUCUGACUUUCGGCUCAUUUUCAGCAACUGCAAGAACUUUAAUAAGGACAAUGAGUUUGGUCAAUUGGGUGCCAAACUGAAGGAGAUCUUUGAGGAGGAGAUCCAGAAAAUCUUCUUUAUCCAAUAACAGCCAUCUUUUUCCAAAUUUUUCAAAUAAGUGGAGCUUUAAGUAGCUUUAAAUUUUUCAGUUUAUCCUAGUUUAAAGUAAGUGAGGUGUAAAGAGUACCUGAAAAUGUUACAAGUCACCAAUUUGAAAACUAUUUGGGUAAAAAAUCAUAGUGAAACUUAUAUUAUAAGCACCUAAAAUUUUUAUUCAUAUACUGUAGCUCAAAAUGCACUACUUUUUGGAACCCUGGCUCAUUGGAAAUACAAGCCCUCGGUUACAUUUUUGCACAACUGGGAAUAAAUAAUUAAAUAUUAUUUAAUAUUAUGUUAAUAAAAUAAUUGUCCAACAAAUAAAUAUCAUAAAAACUACUUAGAUAGGUCUGUAAUCGCCCGGCUAUCUCCAUAUGGAAAACUUUUCUAGUCAGGUCAGUUUGCUUGGUAGCUUGCCUUGUACAUCAUGCUUGGGACGUGGAGCAAACCAGGUAUGAGUUGAGCAAACAACGGAUUCAAAAAGCAGGUUAAAACAAAGCAAUGUGCAAUCUUGCUAAAAGUAUGCGGCCACUAUGUGCUUUUCUUUUUUGGUUUGCUUUUAAAAACACUUUUUAUUUGGGUUAAUAGAAGAGAGUGGAUCAGUCGAUUAAACGUUAAGUCCAGUCACUUAUUUAUAGCACUUUAUAAUACAAUGCACAAAGCAGAUUAAAGAAAUAAAAACUAAACCAUGGAGAAACUGGAGUUUUAUUAUGUAAUUUAAGUUAGUUUAGAUCAGUAAUUGGCAGUUCUACAAUAAGCAGCAAUGUUGUUAUUCAGCUCAUUAUUCAUUAUUCACCUUUUAAUACUUGAUUCUUAAUGGAUUUUUAAUGUUGCAAAAUUAUGAUGUUUUUUAAUCAUUUAGAUUGUUUUAUAAAUAAACAUUUCUUUUAUGGUAAAAUAUUGAGAAUUUAA